GCGAGCUGUGAUUGGUCACAGCUUGUCACAUGGUACAAGGCUGUUGUGAAUAGCCUUGUACCAUAGUACAAGGCUGUGAUUUCACACGUAGUAAGCAAUGAUGUCACAAGUGACAUCUUGCUUACCACUCUGCAUGUGAUCACUGAUUGGCUAAUCAGUGAUCACAUGAUCGGGACCUCGCACGGAGGUCCCAUCCGACAAUCGUGUUUCGCUGUGUCUGGGCAGCAGAUCUCGGUGCUGCGCGCUCCCAGGGAGCACGCACAAGCAGGGGGCUGGGAAAGCCGUUUAUAA